AUGUCGCGGCCGACGGCAAAAACUUUCACUGAUGAUAAUCUGAUUGCGCAGUUUCAAAAACUCGGUAUUUAUUCCGUUAUCAAUCUGCAAAUGCUUGGAGAACAUGAAUCUUGUGGUCCGCAACUGCUCCCGUCCGGCUUCACAUAUAAUCCAGAAAUACUGAUGCAAAACGGAAGAAAAUUGGCAGUUCACUGUCAUGCGGGCCUUGGACGUACGGGCGUUGUUAUUGCUGCUUUCAUGAUCUGGGCCAACCACUGCUCAUAUUCUGAAGCUAUAAAUCGAGUUCGAAGUGCCAGACCCAAAUCAAUACAGAGCAAAGGACAAGUUAAAAUGGUAAAAGAUUUUUGGAAAUUUGUAGAAGACAACGGUGCAGCUUUGCCACCUCCAGGAAGAGUUCGAGUUAGCGAUUAUAUGCAGAUGCAGAAAAAACUACUUUGCAGUAGUCAGUCCAGAAAAUACCAUCACAUUCCUAAGGUGUUGCAUGCAAUUAUGGAGGAGCUUCUAACUGUUGCGCACGGCGAACUAAAUGGGCAGACAAGGCUCUGGAUUAGAAGCGUGCUAAGAUGCACAUCGCAAGGCAGUCGCGAGUACCUCGAAAAGUGGCCAGCUCGAUUGCCGCUACUAACAAAAAUGAAAGCACAAGAAAUCGAUAUUUGCAUUAGUGGCAUAUUGGCUAACCGGUCAGAAACAACUGAUUUGGGAGAGAAAACGGCAAAAAUCAACAAAGCCGCUUUCAAAAUGAGCAACUGCAAAAAAUUUGUUCGCACUCAUUUGCGUGGUAAUAUACUUCUCUUGCUGGGAACUCUGGAUCAGCUGAUGAAUUCAUUUAUCAAGCCAAUAAUACCCAGGGAGCACUUAAUCAUGGGUCCUGAAAGAAACAGUCUACAUGAGGAUUGGCAGUGCUUCUUUCGAUAUAUUUUGACUACAAUGGCAUCACUGAGCGAUGGUAAUUACGUAAAUAUUUCAAAGUUCAUCACGCGUUGGUACCUGGGCACACUGACUGGUGUUGAUGAUGUUGUCACUGCUCUGUGUGAUCGCUUGUUAAAGACCUGA